CCUCGCAUUACACCAUUACUUUUUCUGGUCGCUUUAUAAAUUGCAGGAUUUUCGGGUCUCUGUUCUUUAUUUUCGAGGUUCUGCUAUUUUUGUUCUCUUUUUUUUUAAUUUCUGUGUCCAAUAAUUUUUUCUCAAGCUUUUGCCUCUGGCACGUAGAGAGAAGGUUUGCGAUUGUGACGGGUUAUUUGCCAGUAGAAAGGCACCAGCUUUUGAAGCAGGAGAUGGCUUCCACACCUUUGUAUGGGAAAUCUUUCAGUAGUUCGCUUCUUCGGAGGUCUCAUGUAUCAGAGCAUUGUGCUGUGCGACUCUAUUCUAAAGAAAAAAUUGUGAAUACUUCCAUAGUGCAUUAUGUCAAGAAAAGACAUUGCCUGCCAUUGAUCAGAUCAGUUGUUGAUAAGCCAACAUCAAACAUUGGGAGCAAUGGGCAUGAGCCCUCUGAGUCUGCCAGGGUUCUACUUGAGAGAUUGUUUGCUCAGACACAGAAACUGGAGGAACAAAUGGGUAAACGGCGGAGAUCUUUGAAGGACAUCAAACUUGAUAUAAAUCUUGAAGUCCUUGAAUCAGAUCUUCAAGCUGCCUUGGCAGCCUUGAAGAAGAAGGAAGAAGAUCUUCAAUAUGCAGAGAAGAUGGUGUUGAUGGAUCGUGCUAAGUUAACUGAUGUCAAACAAGACCUGGAUCAUCGAGAGGAAGAAAUCAUAGCUGCCCAUGCUAAACAAGCUAAAUUGGAAGAAGACCUAAAGAAGGCACAAGAGGAUUUUGCUUCUCAAGAAAAGCAGAUUGAAGAGCUAAAGCAUUUAGUAAAAGAGAAGGAUAGGGAGAUGCAAAAUGCUCGAUCAGCUCUUUCUUUGAAGGAAGCCGGACUAGAUAUACUAAGAAACGAGUUAGUAGAGAAAACAGAGGAGGUAGAAAGGAUCAAUUUAGACCUCAAAUCGAGAGACCAAAUUCUUGAACAAACCAAUAAAGUUAUUAGGAAGCAAGAAGCUGAGGUUCAAGAUCUCAAAGAAGCGAUCAUGUCAAAGGAAGAAGAGUUGGCUGACACCAUUCAGCAACGAAAAAAUGAUGAGGAGAAGCUGAAAAAUGCAAAGGCUAAUUUGGAACAGAGAGCUGUAGAAUGGCUGUCUUCUCAGGAAGAACUGAAAAAAAUAGCAGAGGAAGCUUCAAAAUACAAGGCUGAAGCUAAGGGGACUGCACAAGAGUUGAAGAGGGUGAGAGUGCUUCUUGCUGAUGUGAAGACUGAGCUGAUUGCUUCCCAAAAGUCUCUUGCAUCUUCUGGCAGGAGGCUGGAUGACCAAGGCGUUGAACUUAAGAAACAACUGGAAGAUCUCAAUGAAGAAAAAUCUCUGCUAACGUCAUACAUGACCAAUUUAAAAGAAGCCCAGUUAGAAGUUGAGAGUGAGAGAAAGAAGCUGAGAUAUGCUGAGGCUCGAAACCAGGAACUUGAGCAAAAGAUAUCAAAGGAGCAAGCAAUGAUAGAGAAAUUACAAAAUGAGUUGAACAGGGAGAAGCUAUCACUGGAGAAGACAACCAAGGAUGUUGGUUCACUUACGGCACUUCUAGAACAGAAAAUAUCUGAUCUUGACAAUACCCUAAAACUUCUCAAAGUUAAGGAAUCUGAAUUAGUAUCUGCCAGAUCUGAGAUCCAGCUUUUGAAAUCUGAUCAUGAAUCCAUUCAGCUUCUACUGAAGGAAAAAGAUGUUGAGCUUAGUCUUGCAAAUAAGAACUUAGAGGAUUUGGAUAAGGAGGUCAGGGAUUUGAAGAAGCUGAUGAGAGAGAAGGAAGAACAACUUAUACAAGCAACUCUGGGGCUGCAGGAGAAAGACCAACUUGUUGAGAUGAUGAGACUUGAGAUCGACGACACAAAGUUGAAGUAUUUGGAAGCUGCAGCAGUGGUGGGGCGUAUCAUGCAGCUCACUAAUAUACUGGUCAAUACAGCUAGGGAAGAAACUUGGAACUUGGAAAGCCAUGGAUCCUUACUAUCAGGUGUGGAGGGUUCUGAACUAGAGCAAAUGCGAGAUAGACAUAAAGAAACUGAGAUUGAACUUGAAAUGACUAAAGCGCGUCUUAGACACACAGAGUCAGAAUAUCUGAGUGCCCAAAGAGCUCUAUCUGUCAAAGAAGAGGAGCUCCAAGCAAUUCUUAACGAAUGGGAUACGAGAGAGAAGGAAUUAGAAAAGUUACAGGAAAACGUUCAGGAAGAGGUUAAUGGUUUACAAAAACCACAAGCCAUUGCAGAUGACGGAAUAGGGAAUAGGAGUAUUGAGGAGUUGACUAUGGAGAAGCUUCAGCUUGAGGCUGCUCAGCUCGAGGUUGAAGUUGCUACUAGUGCACUCCGCAACCUUGCAAAUAUGAGCCAAACGCUUCUUAAAGGGACGGAGACUCAUUUGAAGUUUGAUUCUCCUGAUUAUAUAACUAUGGCCCAGUCAAAAAUGGAGAUCCUUGAUGAAGAAGAUCCGGAAACUUCAUAUGAGCCAUCCUUGAACGAAAGCUUGGAUGCAACUGAAUCUUUUUUGAAAACAAAAGAAGCCAUUGCUCAUCUUUCAGCCUUGACAGAUAAACUCUUGGAAGAUGCUGGUAUUGCUGUGAAAGAUUAGGGAGAGAGGCGAUCAGUGGCAUACUGGUAGCGUAUAUACCUAACGAAUUUGUUUCUGCUUUAGCAGGCUAAUGGCAAUGAUGUUCCUUCUUUUCAUUUUUCUUUUCCUACCGGUAUGCAUCGUUGAUGUUGUAUUUGUAUGAUACCUGCAACUUGUACCAACCUGUAUAUUCUUUUGUAUAAAUUCCCCCCCUGCCAUGUUUUAUUUUGUCAUGGAGAAGUACAUGAAGGGGCACUACUACUACAGUAUUUUGUAGUCUGCAAACAUCUGUAAAUUCUUCAUUGCAUUCUUACAGUAAGAAGUUCCCAGGCCAUAAAGGUUUAAA